CACUUCCCGCCGACUAGCUAGCAGAAGUCGUACUAUGACCAUCUUCUUUCUUAUUCAGUCGAUUACCUGCUCUGUUAUGACAUCAUAAGUUCUCACCUUCCCAUUGUACGUGACUAGUGACUACAUAACUUUUGGAUGAUAAUCUCUCAAAAUGUUUGUACAUCCAACAAUUUAAUACUUAUAUAAGAAUUGAGAAGUGAAGGGAAGGAAGUAUGUUUCUUACCAAAUGCACGCACGCAUGAGCUUGAAAUAGAAAUGAACAACACACAAACAUCAAAACACUAGUUGUUCAACGAUACCGUAACUGCAAAUAGAUUUAGUGAAAGUUUUCAAGUUUGAACGAUCAAUUAUUCGCUACUCAUCGUACUUGUUUGGUUGGUUGGGAUAGUUUAUUAAGGAGGGAAUGUGGCAGUACAUUCUUGGCUGCCUUCUCGUAGGGAGAAUUAUUCCACAGACAAAGUAGGAAAGACAUGAAACCAAACACCAAAGACCCUUUGUAGUACUAUUAUUUGCUUAGUUAGUAAUUAUUCUCUCCACCAUGCAGCCAAGACGUACGUUAGUCAAUUAAAGUACUGUAUUUAAUUUUAUAAUUAAAAUGUCCCCUUCCUUUGUCAUUCAUUAAAAAACCUGCUCUUGGGAAAGUCACCUAAUGGUUGGUUAUAAAAGUCAAAAAUACAUUUAAUUAUUAUUAUUGGUCUCUAUAAGAUGGCUGCAUUAGAUAAAAAUAUCCCACAGAAAAAUUACAAAUUUCUUGCGGGAAUUUUUUCAGAACGUUCAAAUUGGGUUUUAUUAGAAGCCAAAAUUGUUAGGUUUAUUGCAGGGAAAACAAUAAGAUGGAGACAAAAGAAAAGGGCUUCAAACUUCUGACAUUGAAAGUUCUAGGCCUAGCUAAUACCUUAGAAACUGAAAACCCUAGAAACUAAUAAUUCAAAUGGAAAAAUAUUGGUUACUUGGUUAGUGAAUUGUAUUGAUGACCACCACGUACAUUCAUUACUGUAUGCUUAGUCUGUGUGUAAAAUAUGAGAGAUUCUAGCUAAUAUGUAUUAUUUAUCGAUUAUCGCACUUAGACUUUGUAAAUGUGUAACUCCUAACGUUAAUGUUAUUUCUCGAUUCAUACGUAUCAUUCUUGUGCACGAAUCAUGAUAGUUUUUCCUUGUAGAAUUCCAAUAUAAUCGAGUGCCCCGAAUCGAUGAUGGCGACUGAUGUUACUCCUAACUAAUCAUCAAAGUAAUAGGUGGAAAUUUGAUGCUUAUAAUAAUUUCAAAGAACAAUAAAAAAAUGUGAUAGCAACUAGCUAUAAUGAAACCACCUUUUUCCCCGCUACGAUCAACCGGGAGCGGAUCCAGUCAAUAACCUUUGAUCAAUAACUAUGCAUAAUUCAAUCAGAAUUUACCACAUCACCAUCUCUUCUCUCUCUUGAAAAGUCUUUAAUUUUUCUCCUUAAUAUUUAACGGACGAUUUCUCAAUCGUUUUAAGUCAAAAUUUAAUUUUUUUUACACAUUUAAGUCAGAUUAAUUGUGCUCUUCAAAAUGAUAUUCACUUUGAUAUAUUUUUGGAACAAAAAAAUUGUCAUUUUUUACCAGUCUAUACCAUACGGUAUUGACUGUAUUGAAAUAAGAGCAUAUCUAUGGUAUGAAAAGCGUACCAUGGUGGUAUGAACAAACCAAGACUGUAGGAUGGUUGAAUACAUGAUAGUAGAAGUAUAUUAACUGUCAUUUACGACUUUUAACAUUGUGUACCACAAGAUACCACCCCGUACCAGGGUGGUAUUGUAUGAUAUUUUUUGAUCUUGUAUUUUGUUCACCCAGAAAUUUGUAGAUCCAAUAGAUCAUGAUGAACUCGUUCCUUCAGUGAAAAAAAUUUCAAAAUGAAUUAAAAACGAAGAAGAUACCAUAUGAUAUGCAGUUGGUACCAAGAGGUCAAAAAAAAAAAAUUCUCAAAAAUUAUUGAAAAUGAAUAUCAUUUUGUAGAGAACAAUGAACUCGUUCUAUCUGUGCAAACAAAAUUGAAAUCCGAGUUAGAUAGUAGCCGAUUAAGAAAACAAGGAAACAAUAAAAAAAUUUAAUUAUCUACUCUUAGAUCUAAUUUUCUGAAUGAAGGAUACAUAUUUAAUUAUUAAUAGGUGCAUAUUAUGCACCGUAUCUUGAGCCGAUCAACCUUUUUCACAGAUAAUACCACAAAUUCUCAGGCUAAAUUACCAUCAUCUACCAUUACUGUAUCACUAUGGUAAUAUUUUAUACCAACCAAAAAAAAAAACUUCUGGUACUAGUAAUAAUGACCAAUCAAUUAAAUUAAUGAAGUACAAAAUACUCACCGAAUUUCCCGCCAGAAACAGAAAAAGACUACCGCAGAGGAAGAAGCUGACAAAAAGAGAGGGAGGAUAUUGGCCAAAUUCAUUUAUUUUUAUUUUUCAAAAAAGAGAGUAGAGACUAGAGAGGAGUAGUGUAGUUAUAUGAUUAAUUUAUUCACAUUUAUUUAUUUAUUUGGCUUUUUGUGCCUUUCUCCAACCUCCAGUAGUGUCCGCCACUGGACAAAAUAACAACACACAAAAGUCCCACUCCCAAACCCAACGCCUCAAGAAAAAUACACAAAAAAAAGCAUUAGCAUUCCUUUUAACCCAAUGAUAAAACUAACUUUUAAAAGCCUUCUUAAAUUGCAGUAAAAAUAAGCAAGGUUCGUUCCCCGUCAACUCAAUACUAGAAACAAUCUCAAGAAGUUAAUCUCUUAUGCGUAUUUUUCCGGAAUGCAUUUCUAACUUUCAUUUUCGAGCUCAUCCAAAGAACAUAAACCAAUCCAAGUCGCACACCUUCAUUGUCAUCAAGAAGAAUCUUCAGCAAAUGCUAGAAUAACUCAACAAUCUGAUUGAACGCCACACUCAAAUUCGUAUUCCUGAACUAAUUUAACAAUCUGAUUGGACAACAUAUUCAAAUCCAUAUUUCUGAAAAGAACCAUUACCUCAACUUCAAUCGAGAUUCAAGUUUAAAAAAAAAAAUUCAAUCGAGAUAUAAUAAAUAAUUAUAUAGACUCUUAAAUACAAUUUGUCCAUGAUCAUUAAUAACUAAAACACCAUAAGCUAGCCUCAGAGAGUACACCACCCAUCGUAGUAAAUAACUUUUAGGUGUUGUUUGCUUAUGAGAUUUGGAUGCUGGAUUUGGUUCUCAAAUACCAACCAUUAUGUUUUUGGGCAAUAACAUUAUUUGUUAAGAAAUGCAAAUUAGUGGGGUUCAUGGAUUUGGACAAUUUUUUAGCUCCAAAUCCGUGGACCCUAUGUAUUUGCAAAUACCACAUUUUAUUGAGUAUUUGGUCAUGAAAGACAAAAUUUCGAGACCCAUAUAUAAAAUCACCUUAACCCAUGACAAAAAAAAUCAAUUAAACAAACAAAGUUAUUUUUUAAAUAUAAAAUGCAACAAAUCUAUCAUAAAUCUAAAAAAUUUCAAAACUCAAAACGUUUAUUUUCAAAUACAACAAGCAAACCAGCGUAUUAAGACGGAUUUGCUUAUUGUAAGUUUCUCUUUAUGGAUCCGGUGAAAGAAGACAUCCUCAUUCACUCUUUUGAGUGGGAAACUAGUAAGAACAUAAAAACGCGGCAAUCCAGCUUUCCCUUCCCUCCCUAUAAGACCCAACCUAAACCCAACUCAAAAAAGCAAAAACCCUCUAGCCGAAAAAAAAGAAAAAGGAAAAAACUUCCUUAUCUUUCUCUGUCCCCUGCCUUUUCCCCUUCUCUAUAAACAAUUCUUCCCUCCCUCUUUCCCCUCGCUGCUUCACUUCAGUCGUUACUUCACUCACAGUUGCAGCAGCAGAGACCAACACAACAACCAUGGACUGCCACAGGAAUUCUCUUCUCACCUGGGCUUACUUCUGCCAUGGAAAGAGCAUGGACGAACUGAAGCACUCACUCCUCUACACGACCAUGGAGCUCGAGCAGACCCGGAUGGCGGCUCAGGAGGAGCUGAAGAAGCGAGACGACCAGCUGAUUCAGCUCAAGGAGUUUCUCGGGAAAGCAAUUCGUGAAAGAGACGACGCUCAGGAGAAAUGCCAGAGGGUUCUGCUCGAGAACCUCUUGCUCCACCAAAAUUACCACCAAAAUGCUCCUCCUUUGUCCGGGAUUUCCAGCAUUGAGGAUGAACCCAGAAGAGGAAUCGACUCCAACAACAACAACAAUGGGUUCUCGUCUUCGGAUUGUGAAGAGAGCAUCGUUUCUUCACCGGUUCUCGACCCAAUUCCACAGCCGCAGGCAGGACAAUUGCCCCUGCCGCUGCCGGCGGAGGAAGCAGGGGAGGUGCUACUGCCGGAGCCGGAGAAGCCGUUGCCGGAAAAGGGGAAGCUUCUGCAGGCGGUGAUGAAAGCAGGGCCGCUGUUGCAGACUCUGCUUCUGGCUGGGCCGCUUCCUCAAUGGAGGCACCCGCCCCCACCGCUCGAGUCAUUUGAGAUACCGCCGGUGACUAUCCUUUCGCCGCCGGUGACGUUCCCGGCGACUUCUCUGCCGCAGGAUUCCUCCUUCAACGGGAAUGGGUUCUGCAGCAGGAAGAGGGUUGUUCCCGAUGGUGGAUUCUGUGAGUCCCCAACUGAAACUAAGUUCCACAGAGUAGCUCUCCAUUAACAUCUCAUUACACCCCCCAAAAAAAAAAAAAACUAUAUACUAGUUUCUUCUUUCUUCCUUUUUAGUUCCAAGGUAUCACAAAACUAAAGACUCUUACUUUACUCCCAAGUUUUACCACUAAAGCCUUAGAGGAGGGUUAAUUCUGAGGGACUGAUGUAGUAUGGCAAAGGAGCAAGCAGCCAUUUUUGUACAUAGAGAGGGUUUGUUCAUUUUCCUUGUUUUUUAGCAGCUUCCUUCCUUCCAAAGUUCCACUUUUGAUGAGAAGUGGAAGAUGGGGGCAGAGUAGUAGUAGUAAUGGUAGUGUUGGAGAAGAGAAAGCUUGAGCCUUUAGGCAUUUUCUUCACUUUUCCCCCCAUUGAAGGGCAGGGGAAUUUAGUUAUGGAGGAGGUUUUGACAUACAAAUCUUCUCUCCUUGAAAUAUAGCUAAGGAGUUUGAGAUGAGAGAGAUACACUUUGUGUAAGGCUAAGAGCAGCAAAGUGUGAUUGAUUACAAUGUAGUAAGUAAUGUUUGGUUGCUCUUGAUUUCCUGUUUGUUUGUUUGCUUGUUUUUUCCCUUCUUGAGAAUCCGAGGGGAAUGGUGGAUGUGGUUGAGAAUUUGGUGGUGGUAAAGUUUGAAAGAGAAGUAAAGGUUGAGAAGAAGGCCAACAACCAGUAGAGAGAGAGAGAGAGAUAGGUCACAUAGACUUUUCCUUUUAGGUAGAGAGAGUGGAUCCCCACAAAUCCCAUUUCAGGAUCUAUCUACUGCUCUUUUUCUUCUUCUUCUUCUUCUUCUGCAGCUGCUGGUGUCACUGUCGCUGUUCAUGGCGGUGGUGGUGGGUGAUGAUGAUGUAUGGUUAGUGUGAUAAUGGAGAUUAGUGUUCACUAUUGAGCAGGCAAACUAGUGUUAUUGUUGUAAUUUACAAAGGAAAAGGAAGAAUUAUGUUAUGAUUGUAUGUUCCUUUUGAUUUAUUGCUCCCUCAAAGAGGGUAAAGCCUCUUUUCCUGCUCCCCCCAUUAACAAAACCUCCCACUGUUCUUAGAAGUUCGUUUAUAUUAUUAAUGGAAAAGAAAAGAACAACUCUGCAUCCUUAAGUCGUCUAGCCUGCUACUUUUGUGUUUAUAGGACACCCUGCGCUACAGUCUAUAGAGUAUAAACCAACCCUAUACCGGAAGUUCACACUGCCCAAUGACCAAGUCAAAUAAGCACAGAAACGACUC